GUUCAGAUCUGGGCUCGUACGCCGCCGAGACCACAUCCGGGAGAGGCGAGGAGAGCGGAAGUGGCGUUGGUCUGGCCGGAGCCCUUGGGUGAAAUUGUUAGGCGUGGAGGGGGAGUGAUGUCUUCCAGACUCGGUGCAGUCACCGCCACCCCUGGACCCACACCCUUUAAGCAGCAGAGGAGCACCAGGAUCGUGGGAGCUAAGAAUAGCAGGACCCAGUGCUCCAUAAAGGACAACAGCUUCCAGUACACCAUCCCUCACGAUGACUCUUUAAGUGGCUCAUCAUCUGCCUCCUCAUGUGAGCCAGUGAGUGAUUUCCCAGCAUCCUUCCGAAAAUCUACCUACUGGAUGAAGAUGAGAAGGAUCAAGCCUGCUGCCACUUCACAAGUUGAAGAUGCAGGUACAAAGGAAAAGGAAAAGGCCAAAGGAAAAAGGAAAAUCAAGCAGGAAGAAGAUGAAGACUAUCGAGAGCUCCCUCAGAAGAAGCACAAGCUGUAUGGGAGGAAGCAGCGGCCUAAAGCUCAGCCUCACCCCAAACCCCAGGCCCGCCGGGUUCGGAAGGAACCACCAGUUUAUGCAGCAGGAAGUGUGGAGGAGAAAUGGUACUUAGAAAUCAUGGAUAAAGGCAGUGUUUCCUGUCCUACCUGCCAGGCAGUAGGGAGGAAGACUAUAGAGGGUUUAAAGAAACACAUGGAAAACUGCAAACAGGAAAUGUUUACCUGCCAUCAUUGUGGGAAACAACUUCACUCACUGGCAGGGAUGAAGUAUCAUGUCAUGGCCAAUCAUAAUAGCUUGCCAAUUUUGAAGGCAGGAGAUGAAGUAGAUGAACCAAGCGAGAGGGAGCGGCUGCGAACAGUUCUUAAGAGAAUGGGGAAGCUCAGGUGCAUGCGCGAGAGUUGCUCCAGUACCUUUACCAGCAUUAUGGGAUAUCUGUACCAUGUUAGAAAAUGUGGCAAGGAGGCUGCAGAGCUGGAGAAGUUGACCCUGAAAUGUCACCAUUGUGGAAAACCAUACAGGUCAAAGGCUGGGCUUGCGUAUCACAUGCGGUCAGAGCACGGGCCUGUCUUCUUCCCAGAAUCAGGGCAGCAAGACUGUUUGAAAGACAUGGGUCUGGAGACAAAAAGUGGAGGCCGAGUUCAGCGGCGCUCUGCCAAGAUAGCUGUGUACCAUCUGCAGGAGCUGGCCUCUGCUGAGCUGACCAAGGAAUGGCCGAAGAGGAAGGUGCUCCAGGACCUGGUACCAGAUGAUCGAAAGUUAAAAUAUACUCGCCCUGGGUUACCUACAUUCAGCCAGGAAGUACUGCACAAGUGGAAAACGGAUAUCAAGAAAUAUCAUCGCAUCCAAUGUCCUAACCAGGGCUGUGAGGCUGUCUACAGCAGUGUGUCUGGCCUUAAAGCUCACCUGGGCUCUUGUACACUGGGCAACUUUGUGGCUGGAAAAUACAAAUGUCUUCUGUGUCAGAAAGAGUUUGUGUCAGAGAGUGGUGUCAAGUAUCACAUCAACUCUGUCCACGCCGAGGACUGGUUCGUUGUAAACCCAACAACCACCAAAAGCUUCGAGAAGCUGAUGAAGAUAAAGCAGCGACAGCAGGAGGAAGAGAAGCAGAGGCAGCAGCACGGAAGCCGGCGCUCUCUGAGAAGACAGCAGCAGCCUCGCCCUGAGCCCCCAGAGAGCCAGCUGGAGCCCAGGGCAGGGAAGGGGCAGGGCGGGAGUGAGGAGCUGGUGGUGUCAAAUGUAUGUAAGGGGUCAGAGCAGGAGCCAGUGCCAGCACAGUCCCAGAAAGCAGAGCCCACCAAGACCACUCACAAACGAGGGAGGAAGUAGGCAGCCAUUGACCAUGCGCCUAGGAGAGUGGAUGUGAUGCUGUUGUCAUGGGGACAUGUGCAGGGGAGGCCUGAGGCUGGGGGAAGAUGCUUUCAGCUGUUGCUGUUGGCUGUGGCUCUCAGCUCCUCUGUGUACAUUUCACGGUCUUCCUGACUCCACUUUCUCCUCCCUGCCUUAGUUGGUUCAUAUUCCCAUUAGAGCCCUUUUGCUUUUCUGUUGUCCAAAGAGCUCCCCUGGGAAAGCAACUGCAGGCCCCUGGGUGCUGCACAAGUUUAAUAAACCUUUGGCCGGCCUUUUUGUUCUUUCCUGUCUGGGUUAUGAAUGUUCUUGGAAUCUUUGUUGAUUUAGUGGCUUCUCCAUCAUCUAGCUUACAAAAUAGUUCCUAAUUUUUUAAAAAAGCCUUAACAGGCUUUAUCCUUCUGCAUUUGUGAUAUAAGAGGACUAGAAAGGAGAACUGCCGCUUUUGUUAGUGUCACCCUGAACCCCAGGAAGUAGAAUCCAGUGGAGGAUGCUUAUCUGUAAUUUGGUUUUACUGUUGAGAGGAAGAAAAUGAUUGAGCAUGAAAAAGCUCGCUACUCUUGGAGCAGGGACUAACAACCCACAGGCUUGAAAAUACAGCCUCAGGGUGUGUGUCCCGAAUACUAAGCUGAGAGGGCAGAAGGGCAGUGGUAGGAGUCGCUGCCCCCCUCUCCUGGGUUGCCAGGGUCAGUGCCCCAGCUUGAGUUCACACCUCAGUUCUAGGGGUUGGGAGGUGACUCAGUCCCUGGCCUCUGGAAAUGCCACUGGGGUUGCAAAACAAGGUGAGCUUUCCCUCUCCCCUGCACUUACCUCACAUGUUAGGCCACACCCACUUAAGUCCCCCCCCCCCCAGGGCAUUAGCCCACCUCUGUCCCUGGAUGUUCUGAGACUACUGUCCUACUGUUUUGUACAUGGAGUUUUAUCUGCUUUAUAUUGUGAGCUUUUGACACCAGAUGUAGAUAUUUCUCUGGAGCUGGAAAGAAUGGUCUCUCUCUGUACCUCAUGCCUGUCUGGUGGUGUUCAGUGGGCUCUCUCCCUGUGAGGGUGGAUAUCUUUGGAACGUGGGUUAGAGUAAGUAGCCUUGUUGUCGUGUUUCUGGUUUCUCUUUCUCCUUCUGUGUAAAUAUUGUUCUAUAUUCCUGCCUAUUGUAUGGCAUAUGCCACUGACAAAGUUAACCUUGAUAUGGACAAAUACUACCUUUUCAAACCCGAAAAGGCUAUUUGCCACCCUGAAGUCUCUGUUCUCUGUGCUCCUCUAAAUAGCUUUAUCAUGUGUGCUUUGUGAAGAUCACUUUUCAAUAAUGGGGCAUUAAAACGCGAAUCGGGCACUGCCAGAAGGGGUCGUGUGGAAACAACUCAUGGAAAUGAUGUGUUUGUGCUGUUUUAUUCCUAUGUAUACCCUUGAAGCCCCUGUAGUAGAUGAGGGUUGAGGAGGAGAAAUGAGAAGCUGUGCUAAGUUCUGACAAGGACUUGGAUACUAUUUGGUAACAGCAAAUAAAAUGACUCCCUUGGAAA